AGCGGCUUUCCUCCUUCUGCUUGCACGAAAAUCCUCGUCAUGCCUUCGAUAGGCGCCUUGGAUACUAACGAAACCAAUAUAACUCCAUCUAACAAACGGGCGCGGACACCAGACGAAGAGGACCGGGAUGUGAAGAGAGCGAGAGUUAGCGAGGACGCGAUGGGCGGCGAGAACACGAUAGAUGGCCGAGCUACGCAGAGCAAAAAAGACAAGAGGAAGCGAAAGAAGAAAAAGCGAAGAGCGGCUGUCAUACAGAACGUCGCGCACGUUCCAGAGAGUGGGCCCACAGUCACUGCUACUCUGUCCUCGUUAACAUCCGACAAUGCCGCACCCGAUCCUGCACCAAGUGCCAUAGUGAGCUCAGAUGUAACGAAGGUCGAAUCACCUGAAUUUGUACAGGGUUCCUCGUCGAGGCCAGGAUCUUCGAGCACCAGCCAGACUGCACGCGCAGUAGUGGCCCUGCCAAAUGACGAUGUAGCACAAUUGACUCAGUCGUUGUCUUCGAAGACCGAGUCCCUGCGCAUCCAUGAAGAAUUGUUCAGCACAUUGCUCCCGUCGUUGACCUGCCAGAUCUGCAUCAGUCUCCUCUACAAACCCUACGCGCUCUCCCCCUGCGGACAUGUCGCGUGCUACGACUGCCUUCGUUCGUGGUUCACAACGCCAGCCGCCGACAAUCCAGUGCCACCCAAUGCUCUUUGGCGCAAAAAGACGUGCCCGACAUGCCGUGCGGAAGUCCUCGAACGGCCGGCAGAAGUCUGGAAUCUUAAGGACAUGGUCGCCGCCGUUGCCAAAAGCGGGCUCGCCUUAGGCUACCCCGAGGCGCCUGCCGAGAACCCGCCCGCUCCCGGUGCGAACGCAGAGCAGCGCGAUCCGUGGCACAACAUCUUCCGGAGAAAUGCGCCGGGAGGCCAUCACCUACCUCAUCUUGCACAGAUGAUGAACGGGGGAGAGGGAGCGGCGGUGGGUAUGUACGAUGUCGAGGACAACGUAUAUCGCUGCCUGGAUUGCAUGCACGAGAUCUGGCAAGGUGUGUGCUCCGAGUGCGGGCGCGAGUAUGCUGGGUACGAUUCGGACGACAGCGAUUCGUAUGGCGGCGACCACGGCCCUGUAGCCGGCUUCCUCGAGGCUGUGUUGUUCGGGAUGGAGGGUGUGUCAGAUCCCGAGGAUUAUGAGGAGCAUUAUCACGACGAGCUAGAUCGUGGGCUUUCAGACGAGGACUCCUACGAUGGUAGCUUUAUAGACGAUGGCGUGGAUGCGCACGCUCCAGAGCGUGGCAAUGGCAAUGGUCCUAUCGAAAUCUCGUCAGAUGAGGAUUCAGACGACGAAAUCAGGGCGUUGGGAAGGAUAUUGAGGGGCAGAGCGAGCGCGCCGAUUGUUGUGUCAGACGAGGAGGCAGACACUGUGCUGCCAAGUCGAAGUCGAGGAGGUCGGGCUAUAGUCGAGUCGGACGAGGAUGUGGACGAAUUGGCCAGUGACCGCGAAGGCGACCGUGGUAGCGACCAUGGAUCCUCUAAUCAAUCGUCUGAGGAAGACGAUGGCUCCAUCACUCGGCCGCCGCGCCACCUCGCCCAUCUCCUGAACCCCUCGCGCCCCCUCAGUCGCGAAGAAGAUAUCUACCCGAUAGAUCACUAUGAUCACUAUGAACGGACAGAUUCUGACUACAGUGUGGACGACGGCAGGUACAGGGUAGAUUGGGACGAUGAUGAUCUUUACGAAUAGCGGACGAUGACGGACUUUGGUGACCUGAACUGAUUCGUUUCUGUCCUCGUUCGACUGACCGGGCGGGAUGGGUAAGUAUCUGGAGCGGUGUCUGUUUGUCCGUGCUGCUUUAUUCGCUUAUUUUAGAACUUGAGUCAGGGUAAUCAAGUAGUGGUCCUUUCUGCAUAUACACGCACAUACACGA